AUGGCACAGCGAGUGGUUUUGUUUCUACUGUGGCUCUGUGACAGGUCGUUUGCGGGAUUUCCCAAUCAGAUAAAUAUCGGGGGACUGUUCAUGCGCUCCACGGUGCAGGAGCACAGCGCCUUCAGGUUCGCUGUCCAACUCUACAACACCAACCAAAACACCACUGAGAAGCCUUUCCACCUCAACUACAAUGUCGACAACCUCGAGUCGUCCAACAGCUUUUCAGUCACCCAUGCGUUUUGCUCCCAGUUCUCCCGCGGAGUGUACGCCAUCUUUGGAUUCUACGACAAGAAGUCCAUGAACACCUUGACUUCGUUCUGCGGCGCCCUGCACACCUCCUUCGUCACGCCCAGUUACCCCACCGACAACGAGGUGCAGUUUGUCAUCCAGAUGCGCCCCGCCCUCCGCGGCGCCGUCCUCAGCCUGCUCUCCCACUACAAGUGGCAGAAGUUCGUCUACCUCUACGACACCGACCGAGGUUUCUCUAUACUGCAGGCCAUAAUGGAAGCAGCAGUAGCUAACAACUGGCAGGUGACCGCCCGCUCUGUUAGCGGCACAACAGAUGCAGCAGAGUUCAAGCGCAUCAUUGAGGAGAUGGACAGGCGGCAGGAGAAGCGCUUUGUGAUUGACUGCGAGGUGGACAGGAUCAACACCAUAUUAGAACAGGUUGUGACCCUGGGGAAGAACAGCCGUGGUUACCACUACAUUCUGGCCAAUCUUGGAUUUACUAAUGUGAGCUUGGACAAAGUCUUUGCGGGUGGAGCCAACAUUUCAGGGUUUCAGAUCGUCAACCCUGAGAACCCGAUUGUGCAGCAGUUUAUGCAGCGCUGGGAGCGGCUGGAUGAAAGAGAAUUCCCAGAAGCCCGAAACACUCCUCUGAAGUACACUUCAGCUCUGACCCAUGAUGCCAUCCUGGUGAUAGCAGAGGCCUUCAGGUACCUGCGGCGUCAACGCGUGGACGUCUCUCGUCGGGGCAGCGCCGGAGACUGCCUGGCCAAUCCCGCUGUACCUUGGAGCCAAGGCAUCGACAUCGAGAGAGCUCUCAAAACGGUCGUAGUGCACGGUAUGACUGGGAACAUCCAGUUUGACAACUACGGCCGCAGGACCAACUACACCAUUGAUGUUUAUGAGAUGAAAACAGGUGGGCCGAGGAAGAUUGGGUACUGGAACGAGUACGCGCGAUUUGUAAAUAUUAUGGACCCGCAGGUCUCCAACGACUCCUCAGUGGAAAACCGAACGAUUGUGGUCACUACUAUUAUGGAAGCUCCUUAUGUGAUGUACAAGAAAAAUUAUAUGCAUCUGGAUGGGAAUGACAGAUAUGAAGGCUACUGCGUCGAUUUAGCAUCUGAGAUUGCCAAACAUGUUGGAAUUAAGUACAAACUGUCUAUAGUAAUGGAUGGGAAGUACGGAGCCCGAGACCCCGAGACCAAGACGUGGAACGGGAUGGUGGGUGAACUGGUCUAUGGGAGAGCAGAUAUAGCCGUUGCACCUCUCACCAUAACUUUGGUUCGAGAGGAGGUGAUAGACUUUUCCAAGCCCUUUAUGAGCUUGGGCAUCUCCAUUAUGAUAAAGAAGCCACAAAAGUCCAAGCCUGGCGUUUUCUCCUUCCUGGACCCGCUGGCCUAUGAGAUCUGGAUGUGUAUAGUGUUUGCCUAUAUUGGGGUGAGCGUGGUCCUGUUCCUGGUCAGUCGGUUCAGUCCUUAUGAGUGGAACUUGGAGGAACAGGACGAGACCAAAGACCCCACCACGCCCCCCGAUCCUCCCAAUGACUUUGGCAUCUUCAACUCCCUCUGGUUCUCACUGGGAGCCUUCAUGCAGCAGGGCUGUGACAUCUCACCCAGGUCUCUGUCGGGCCGUAUCGUCGGUGGUGUGUGGUGGUUCUUCACCCUCAUCAUCAUCUCCUCCUACACAGCCAACCUGGCUGCCUUCUUGACAGUGGAGAGGAUGGUCUCUCCUAUAGAAAGUGCCGAAGAUUUAGCCAAGCAGACAGAGAUAGCAUAUGGCACUCUUGACUCAGGCUCAACAAAAGAGUUUUUUAGGCGAUCCAAAAUUGCAGUGUAUGAGAAGAUGUGGUCAUACAUGAAAUCCGCUGAGCCCUCAGUGUUUGUUAAGACCACACCCGAUGGCGUAGCCCGGGUACGAAAGUCAAAGGGCAAGUUCGCCUUUCUCCUCGAGUCCACCAUGAACGAGUACAUCGAGCAGCGGAAGCCCUGCGACACCAUGAAAGUGGGCGGAAACCUUGACUCCAAAGGAUACGGUGUGGCGACGCCCAAAGGCUCAGCAUUAGGAACUCCUGUAAACCUUGCAGUAUUGAAACUCAGUGAACAAGGCAUCUUAGACAAGCUGAAAAACAAAUGGUGGUACGAUAAGGGUGAAUGUGGAACCAAGGACUCUGGAAGUAAGGACAAGACAAGUGCUCUCAGCCUAAGCAAUGUGGCUGGUGUCUUCUAUAUUCUGGUCGGAGGGCUGGGGCUGGCCAUGAUGGUGGCUCUGAUAGAGUUCUGUUAUAAAUCACGGCAAGAAACCAAACGGCUGAAAUUGGCCAAGAAUGCCCAGAAUUUUAAGCCGGCUCCCCCGACCAACACCCAGAACUUUGCCACAUACAGAGAAGGCUACAACGUGUACGGAACCGAGAGUGUUAAGAUCUAG